AUGGAACUAAUGGUUCGGUCCUCAUUCUCCGAUCCGGGUAGUUUCUUUGGGUUGAUGAGCAUGUGUGCUGCACAUCGAGCCGUUCUCGCAAGCCAACGAUCGGGUAAUUGGGACUCGGUGCUUACCGACGACCCUGACUAUUGUAUGAUGAGAGCAAAGUCCAUUCAAGAGAUGAGCGCAAAAGUACGGGAUCCGAGUCGCAGACUCAGCAACGAGGCGUUUGAUACCAUAAUCAACCUCCUUACUGGUUCGCUGAUAAUCGGAGAGUUCAGCGAGGUCCAUACUCACCUCACAGGGCUUAAAAGUAUGGUUGAUCUGCGGGGUGGAAUAACAGAUGAAAGUAUUCGUUCUUCCUCUAUGCUGUCUGCCAUCAUCACAACCGAUAUCAAAGCUGCCUCGGGCCUAAUGACCAAACCCGUUUUCCCAUUAACUUGGGAUGCGCAGCCAAUCCCUUCAGAGAUUCAACAGCGAAUCAGACCACUGGCUUCGUCUCCUCUCAACAGACUAGGCACGGGGUUUUCUGCCAAUACAUUCCUUAGUCCACCCUUAUUGAGAAUUAUAAGUGUGCUUCGGGACAUGGUAUUCUUUAGCAUCACUUAUCAGACAAAUCCUACGGUCAUUAAACCAGGGGACCAGGACUUUUUCCGCGUCCUCAAUUGUGAAGCAGAGCACCAACUUCUCAGCUAUAUCUAUGCAGAAGGUUCUCCAAACCCGGAGCCCAAUCUUCAUCCGAUUGAAGCAGUGACUCGAGUGGCUUCUAUUUGCUAUCUCAAUCAUUUCCUGAUUGUCUCGCCUUCAUCAUCUGGAUUGGGUCGAGCCCUUACGAAACACCUUAAGACAGCGUUGGAUGGCUGCAAAUUGUCUCUUCUUGUGGGAUUACCAAAUGAAACCUUUGGACUUUAUGUUUGGGCAUUAUUCGUCGGAGCCCAAGGUGCCCUUGGGCAGCCUGAGCGGCAGUGGUUUGUGGAGCGGCUGGCCCGUGUCGCAAUGAUAUGUGGGUGGCAGUCAUGGGAGCAAAUUUCGAAGCUUAUGACUGAAUUUUUCUUUGUUGCGGCUUUGGACAGCUUGAAUUGGCGUUCAGUCUGGGACGAAGCGAUGACUGGGUUUGUGAUAUCCGAGUCGGAGGAACUGGAAUUCUCUUCUCUUCUUGGAACGGGAACACUCUCCCUUACUUAG